AUGGCCGUAAUCCAAAACAAUGGGCAAAGACCAGUGGCUGUUGAUAUGGACAUGGCGCCCCUAGUGUCAUAUCACAAUCUUGAGGGUGUCUACUCAGAAGUACACCCGGAUACAGGCGAGGAUACGGAGGGCGUGAAGAAGUUCUUCAAACAAUUCACUUCUUAUUCGCUUCUUUCCCUGGUAGGGUUGGAAGCCAUACGACCCCGAGACACCUAG